GCCAUCACGACCCUUCCUAGACCUCUUACCACUGCUGCAGCAGCUAUCUCCGCGGCAACUUCACCAUGGAGCCCGUUGAACAAACUGUACCCUCUACUGUCCGCGCAAUAAAUUUGGGGCAGUCCGCCACGAUCCUUACGACCUGCAAUUUGUCCGCAACGUUAAGAAUGGCCUAUGAUCGGGAUGUGGUAGUUCAUUGUAUCAAGCGACAUUACGAGCUUUUGUUGAAAGCAGCCUACUUUGAUCCCGCAGAAGUUCGAUACCCUCCAGAGGAAGGCUAGAGCGACGAGCAGCUUGCUGUUGAUGUUCUCCGUGCUUUAGGUCGCUCCGAGGAGGUAAUCGACCUCCUACGACACCUACCUUAUAUAAAACAGCUCGACGGUGACGACAAA